AUGGGAAAGACACGUGGGAAACUGAUUGAUUUAAACGUGAAGGAAACACGGCGACGUCGUGAGCCGAAAACAAAACUUGAUAGAAGUGGAUAUUAUUUUGGUGAUAGUGGUAAUCAAACAACCGCAUGUCUAUUCGUUCUACAUCAUGUCUACAAAGCUGAUACUGACCACUUUCGUGAUCUUUUCGAAACCGAUACCCUUGAAGCUUUUAUUCUUCUUCGUCGUAAGUUCCAACAUGUCGAAAGUGAUGGAUGGACUACUGCUCGUCUCUAUUGGCUUACACAAAACAAUCUUCUUAAAGUGAAAAUUAAAAAUGAUCAAUACGACAUUGAAAACACUUUGAAUGAAAUUGUCUUUCGAUUUAUUCAACCGAUACAAGCUUUUCCGAUCAAAUCCAAGUGCUACUGUAGUGCCUGUCCAAAAUCUAUACGUGAGAGUACAAGUGUAGACAUCCCACCAAGGAAAGUUAUAGGGCAAUACCUAAACUUCAUACCAGCAUUCGUCAUUGAUCGUGCAGCUCUGUGCGGUGAAAGUCUUGGUCCAGUUGAACCUCUGGAUUAUCCAGCACAAUACAUAGUUGACGAUCGGUUUCCGGUCACCGAUGCAGCAAUCAAUGUUGUCGCUUAG